CGGCUGUGACUGUUUUAUCCAAAAUGGCUGCUGCGAUGGAUGUGGACACUCCGAGUGGGGCGAAUAGUAGUGCCGGCAAGAAGCGGUUUGAAGUGAAGAAGUGGAAUGCAGUAGCUCUCUGGGCUUGGGACAUUGUGGUUGACAACUGUGCCAUCUGCAGAAACCACAUUAUGGAUCUGUGCAUAGAAUGUCAAGCUAACCAAGCAUCGGCUACCUCUGAAGAAUGCACAGUUGCAUGGGGCGUUUGUAAUCAUGCUUUCCACUUUCAUUGCAUCUCUCGCUGGCUUAAGACUCGGCAGGUGUGCCCAUUAGACAACCGAGAAUGGGAGUUCCAGAAAGUGGCAGCAGCGCAGGAGGAGACAAUUGGUGAGCUGAUACCAAAAACCAAUGAAGGGCCUGAUCCAAGUAGCCCCUGA